AUGGUUCCUGAGCCCACAUUCUGUCGCUUCACAGAGAAAUGUGAAGAGAGGGCCAGAGAAAAGGAAGCAACAUUCCACGCUUACAUGGAUAAAUAUAAGUAUAAGAAAAUGGUGCUUUACAUGGAUGCUUGCUUCUCUGGCUCCAUCUUCCAGGAUAUUCUUCCUUCAAAUGUGAGAAUCUACGCGACAACAUCUGCCAGAGACAAUGAGGAAAGCUAUGCUACUUUUUGUAAUGACAAAAGAAUCAAAGAUUGUCCAGCGACCGAAUUCUCGUAUGCGUGGAUUACGGAUUCGCAAUAC